AUGCCUCGCAUUGAAGUAUUCUCGGACUUUGACGGAACCAUCAGCAUGGCCGACACUGGCUGUAUUCUGAUCGACUCUGGAAUGGGCUAUGAGAACAGGAAAAAGAUGGACGGAAAGAUUCUUCGCCACGAAAUGUCGUUCCUUGAAGGCAUGGAACUCUGGUGGGGCAGUGUUGACUUGACAUACGAGGAAGGAUUGGAUCUUCUGCGGGACGAGAAGCUUGAUCCUGGAUUUAUUCACUUUUACCAGUACGUCAAAUCUCAAGGGAUCCCCUUCUCGAUUGUCUCCUGUGGUCUCGAUAUUAUCAUCAAAGACUUCAUGGGAUGGCAUCUGGGCAAGGACGAGGCCGAAAAGUUGGUGAUCUUGUCCAACCAUGGCGAAGUCGUCGGUCGCCAAUGGAAGGUUACAUACUACGACGAUAGCCCUCACAGCCACGACAAGGCCGUUUGCAUUCGUGACUCCAAGGCGACGUUCAAGAUGACUGUUGUCAAGGACCAGAGGGAGCGAGAGGAGGCUGGAGAGACGGCGCUGCAGAAGCUGGAGCACAUUGUUGUGUUUUGCGGUGAUGGCAUCUCUGAUCUGAGUGCUGCCCGCGAGGCGGAUGUCCUAUUCGCCAGGAAAGGAAGGGAUUUGGAAAAGUAUUGCAAGAUGCACAAGAUCUCGUUCCUUGGGUUCGAUACUUUCGAUGAGGUCACUGCGGUUGUCCAGGGACUGGAGGAGGGCACGUUGACGAUCGACCUUGUUAACGAGCGCCAGAGGGCAUCCUGCGAGGCACCAUAG